UUUUCACCCCAAAAAACACAGAGACAGAGAAACCUCUAACCCUUCUUCUCAGUUUGACCAAAACAGCAAACCAAACUCAAAUCACUCUUCAAACUCUGAGAUGCCGAAUCUAGGAAGCACAGUAACUCGGACAUCAAGCUGAAGAAAGAUCUACUCUUUCUCUGUCUUCUUUGUUCGGAUUCUCCCCCAGAGCCCAAUAACAUGGGUCCCCAUCAAGGCAUCAACUAAAGGUUUGAACUUUGAUCUCUGUUUUGGUCCCUUUGUUUUCAGUAUCAAUAAACAAUAGGGUUCCAUCACUAGGGUUUCACACUUAUCAAGCUCUCUGAUACUAUAAUUUGGCGUAAAUCUCCAAACAUGGAAUUUGGAUUGUGAGAGAUAGAUAUUGGUGGUUUUAUCUGUAAAGUUUUAGUGUAAAAAAAAAAUGCAACCUCGGAGGCAUGGGGGGUUCAGUAGACAGCAGCCUCCGGCAGAGUUUCGAUACGAAUCGGGUGCUGCCAACAACCCUUAUGUUAGUAGUGGUAGUGUUAGUAGGAGGAGACUACCUGAGGAGGUACACCACCGCACUAUUAUUAGGAGGAGUUUGAGUCCUCAGCAAGAUCAUCAUCAUCUGGAUGCUGUCAGUCCAAGGAAUGUUGUCAGGAGGGAGUACGGCUGGCGUUUGGGGGGCGGUGGCGGUAGGACUGAUCGUGUUCUCCGUGGAAGGUCAAGAUCUGGGUCACCAUUGGGGCUGCCUUUUGGUGACAUGAGGAAAAUGUCACAAUUUGAGGAGGAAGAUGGGGUUUUGCGUACGAGUUAUUCACCACAAGCACCGCCGCUACCACUACCACCACCACCACCUGCGGCCGGACCUGUUCAGGUGUCUAUUCCUUUGGAGUUAAAACAGAGACAUGGCAGCAGUGAGGCUGGGAAGUAUAGUGUUAGUGAUGAUCUGAAUGCCAGGCGAGUUUAUGGCUCUGAGCAUAAUGAUUUUGGAAUCAGUAAAGAGGAAUUGAAUGAAAGCAGAUUGUUAGCCUGUGGUAAACAUGGGACGUUAGGUCAAAAACUGAUACAUAUGGAAGACAGUGAUGUAAGAGGAUCAAAACCUGUGUUCAUUGAACGUGACACUGUGCCAGGAGCAUAUCAUUCGCCUCCAAGCCUCGGUCCUGUUAUAACUGAAGGGGCAAGGGGUGGUCGCCUACCAUCAUCAACGCGCAGCAUGAGUAUACGCCAUUCUGACCAAGAAAGACAUCAUUUUCCGGACCCAAUAUCUUUGGAUAGAUCACCAGUGACAGAAGUCUACAAAGAAGGACACGAACCUGAUUUUCCUACAAGGGAUGGUUUUUAUUCUGUGAUGCCAGGAUCUCGUUCCAAGGAUUACUUGGGCAGCUCCUCAACGUUGAAGAAUGACUUCCAAGAUUCCUAUCGGCAUGACCAGCCCAUGUCUCUCGAGGAAUUUUCAAGAAGUAGUAGAAAGCUAAAAGAUUCCGUAAGCAUUAAUGCAUAUAGGGAAAGACCGGUAGUACAGUUUUCUCGAGACCCUGACUCUGGGCAGAAGAAUCUGAAAUAUUACCGGAGAGAUACUCCUAGUAGAGUUGAGUUCGAUGAUGAUGAUUAUGUCUACACGAACUCAAGGGGAAUGAUAUUUGACGAUCACGAGCUUCCACCUGAUCAGUUACGCAAAGAGAUGCAUCCACUUGACUAUGAUCAUUCUCGUAUGGGUUAUGAUCAUAGAAGUGUGUCAAGAUUGAAUACCAUGCACCCUGUUGUGGACAGAAUUGAUAAUACUGAGGACUAUUCUGGAAAUUCGAGAAAGGGUAUCAUGAUGAAUAAUUCUACUUUAGAAAGGCAUCCAGUCUCAGACUACCCUGAUAUAAGCAGAAUAUCAAGUGCCUCAAAGCAGGGUGGAGAAUAUAUGGGUUCUGGACGCAUGCAUGGCAAGUUUGGAAGGAGAGUAUCACAAGACUAUGAAAUAUCGCAAUUGGGUGCAGCGCAAGUUCGUCAAAUCUCACAUCUGAAAGAAGAUUAUUGUUAUCAAAGAGAUGGAAACCUGAAGUUUCAGGACAGGCGGUCUCCUGUAGCUAAAUACGACCCAGAAAAGCAUAGAAAUACUAUUAGAAUGCAGAGGAUGAGAGACGAGCUUGUGGUAUAUGAACCAUCAGAUAGGGUGCUGAAAAGAAAAUAUGUUAAUGAAGAGCAUGGAAGUAUCCGUAAUCCUAGAGAAGUUAUGUCAGGUAAAUGGAAUACAUCUAGAGAGUUCCAAGAUUUGUAUGAUAGUGGUGAAGAAUGGAAUGGUGAAGAUGUAGGAUCUUUAUAUACAUCUAGAUCAGCAAGAGUGGACCAUAAUGAAUAUUAUAAGGCCAAGAGGAAAUAUUCUGGAAUAGAUCAAUAUGAUGAAUUUGCAUCAGAUGAUCAGCUUCUGUCUCAAGACUCUUUGGAACAUUCACAAAGGCCCUCAUUUAGAUAUUAUAAAAAUGGUGAUCAUUACGGCAAGGGCCACCAAAACUAUGGUUCAUUAAUUAGGCAUAGGUCACAGCAAUUUGAUGUAAAAAGUGGCUUCCACAAACAGCACAGGGUUUGGAAGAGAAGUGAUAAUUAUCUGGAAAAUGUCCAUGGUGAUGAUGAUAAUGAUGUUGAUCCGUCAGAAGAUGGGGUGAAUUCUACGGCUCUUGAACCAUUGGAGGACUCUGAUGAGUUUAUGCAAUUAGUACACGAAGCCUUCCUAACAUACUCUAAACAAUUAAAUAUAAACCCCGGUGUUCGGAGAAGGUACAUGGAACAAGGAAGGGCUGGGACUUUAUUCUGCAUCGUAUGUGGGCGAAGCUUCUCAAAGGAGUUCAUGGACACCCAACGAUUGGUAACACAUGCAUUUAUGUCUAAAAAAGCUGGAUUGAGAGCACAACACUUGGGACUUCUCAAAGCAGUAUGUGCUCUGUUGGGUUGGAGUACUAUUAUCCCCACUGACAUAGUACUAUGGGUUCCCCAAGUCUUGCCCAAGGCAGAAGCUUUGGCUCAGAAGGAAGAUUUGAUUGUUUGGCCUCCAGUCAUUAUUAUCCAUAAUAUUUCUAUGUCGGACAACAAUCCUGAAAAGUGGAAGGUUGUAAGCAUUGAAGCUCUUGAGGCUUUUCUUAGAGGUAAAGGUUUAAUUAGGGGGCGAAUCAAGAUGUGUCUGGGGAAGCCUGCUGAUCAAAGUGUUGUGUUGGUGAAGUUCUUGGGAACUUUCACUGGGCUUGGGAAUGCAGAGAGGAUUCAUAAGUACUUUGCAGAGCAGAACCGUGGCAGAGCCGACUUUGAGUGCGCAACAUCCAACAACGGAAAAAUAGUGGAAGCAGAGGGAAACAGUGUGGAGGAGAGACUUUUACACGGAUAUAUGGGGAUUGCUGAGGACUUGGAUAAAGUAGAUUUUAAUACCAGGAACUGGAGUUUGAUAAAGAGCAAGAAGGAGAUUCAGGAACUGGCCAAUGCUCCUGUUAAACCAUGACGAGAGAGGUAGCUUCGUAUCUGGGUACAAAUACUAACUUUAAGGAUUGGACAAUGCUGAUACAGCAGAACAGUUUUAUCAAUCUGACAUGUAAUGUGGAUUUCUUUUGAAAAAUGUGUUACUGUGGUAUUAUUGUAUAAUGUCCUAGGUUGGAGAAAACAGUUUAGAUACAUUUGUGAUCUUUAAUCAUGUCAAAAGGACAACAGGUAAGAAUAUUUUGUAAAAAUUGGAGUAGCACUCAGUUAUCCAUUAGCAGUGGACUGCUGUGAACUACUGGGAAGCUAAUCUGCCAUUAAUGACAUGAAACUGAAGGAUCACAAGUUCAC